CCCUGGGAUGAAUAAAUUGGAAGGCAAAAGCCCUACUGUCCUUCUGUCUUUUGCUGUUCUGCUCACAGGGAGCUGGAAACAAUGUUUUUGCUGUGCUGGCUCUCCGCAAACAAAAUCUUCAAUAAGUAUAAAUAUAAACAAUGUUGAGCCAGAGGAACCUGCUGAGGAGGCAGAAGAAAUAAAACAGCAAAUUGCAGAAGACUCAUUCUGUGCUGAUGUCCAGGUGCAAACUUCCUAUGUGGAAAUACCACCAGGAGACAGGUGGCGUUGGUCGCGAUUACAAACAGAAGCUCAGGUGCAAACCUCAAAUCUUGGACUACCAGACGAAGAGACUUUCCUCCCAUUUGAAAGUGAGGUCCAGGUACAAACCUCAGAUCUUGAAAUAUUAGAGGAGGAGACUUCAUUGCCAUCGCAAACAGAGGCCCAGGUGCAAACAUCACUUAUUGAAGUACUAGAUAUGGAGACUUUAUUCCCCAUUGAAAGUGAGCCUCUGGAGCAGACCCCAGAUCUUGACUUUCAAGACAUGCAGAUGAAGAAUUUAUUCCCAUUAUUCGUUGAAGUUGAAGUGCAAACCUCAUAUGUAGACAUACCAGCAGGGAAUAACUGGCGUUCGACACGACUACAAGCCGAGGCCCAAGUGCAAACCUCAAAUCAUGAACUAUUAGAGAUGCUUUCCUCCCUCUCACAAAAGGAAGCCCAGGUGCAAACUUCCAAACUUUCAAUAACAGAAGCAGAGGAAGUGCUUCUUCCCCCAUCACUAACCGAGGCCCAGGUGCAAACCUCUGAACUUGCAGUAACGGAAACGGAGGAGGAGGUGGCCCCAUUCCAGGUAGAAGAAAAGCCUGUCCCCACAACCCAAAGUGAAGCUGCUGUGCAAACCUCAUAUGUAGACAUACCAGCAGGGAAUAAGUGGCGUUUGUCACGGCUACAAGCUGAGGCCCAGGUGCAAACAUCAAGUAUUGAGUUACUGAAGAGGCUUUCUUCCCCAUCGCUAACUGAGGCCCAGGUGCAAACCUCCAAACUUGCAGUAGCAGAGGAGGUGCCUCUUUCCCCCUCACUAACCGAGGCCCAGGUGCAAACCUCCAAACUUGCAGUAACAGAAGCAGAGGAGGAGGAAGCCCCAUUCCCAAUAGAAGAAAAGCCUCUCUCCAAAAGCAUAGCUGACGCUGCUGUGCAAACCUCCUUUGUGGACGUACCAGUAGGGAAUAAAUGGCGUUCAUCACGGCUACAAGCUGAGGCCCAGGUGCAAACCUCAGGUAUUGAGUUACUGAAAAAGCUUUCUUCCCUCUUAGUAAACAAGGUCCAGGUGCAAACGUCAAGUAUUGAGUUACUGAAGAAGCUUUCUUCCCCAUCAUUAACCGAGGCCCAGGUGCAAACCUCCAAACUUGCAGUAACAGAAGCAGAGGAGGAGGAAGCCCCAUUCCCAAUAGAGGAAAAGCCUCUCUCCAAAACCGUAGCUGACGCUGCUCUGCAAACCUCAUAUAUAGACAUACCAGCAGGGAAUAAGUGGCAUUUGUCACGGCUACAAGCUGAGGCCCAGGUGCAAACGUCAAGUAUUGAGUUACUGAAGAAGCUUUCUUCCCCAUCGCUAACUGAGACCCAGGUGCAAACCUCCAAACUUGCAGUAACAGAAGCAGAGGAGGUGCCUCUUUCCCCCUCACUGACUGAGGCCCAAGUGCAAACCUCUGAACUUGCAAUAACAGAAGCGGAGGUGGAGGAAGCCCCAUUCCCAAUAGAACAAAAGCCUCUCUCCAAAACCGUAGCUGACGCUGCUGUGCAAACCAUAUUUGUAGACAUACCAGUAGGGAAUAAAUGGCGUUCAUCACGGCUACAAGCUGAGGCCCAGGUGCAAACGUCAAGUAUUGAGUUACUGAAGAAGCUUUCUUCCCCCUCACUAACCGAGGCCCAGGUGCAAACCUCCAAACUUUCAAUAACGGAAGCGGAGGAGGUGCCUCUUGCCCCCUCACUAACCGAGGCCCAGGUGCAAACCUCCAAACUUUCAAUAACGGAAGCGGAGGAGGUGCCUCUUGCCCCUUCACUAACCGAGGCCCAGGUGCAAACCUCCAAACUUGCAGUAAUGGAAGCGGAGAAAAUGCCUCUUGCCCCCUCACUAACCGAGGCCCAGGUACAAACCUCCAAACUUGCAGUAACGGAAGCGGAGGAGGUGCCUCUUUCCCCCUCGCUAACUGAGGCUGAGAUGCAAACCUCCAAACUUGCAGAAGCAAAGACGACCUUUCCCUCCCCAUCACAAACUGAGGUUCACAUCCAGUCUUCGUAUUUUGAAGUACCAGAGUUGGAGGAUGAGAUGCCCACUACCCCAAUCAAAGAGAAACCCCUCCCCCUAACACUGAUGGAGGCCCAGGUGCAAACUUCCUAUGUAGACAUACCAGCAGGGAAUAAGUGGCGUUCAUCACGACUGCAAGUGGAAGCCCAGGUGCAAACCUCCAGGCUUGAAUUGCCAGAGGCAAAAGAGAAGGCUCCUUCCCUAUCCCAAACACAGGCUGAGAUGCAAACCACCAGGGUUGAAAUAACAGAAGAGAAAGCAGCACCUCUGACUCCUCCAGAUGUUAAAAUAUUAGAAGAGGAGACGCUGAAGGAGGAGAUAGAGCUGAAGCUUCCACGCCCUGAAUAUACCGAGGCCCAGGUGCAGACCUCGCUUGUUGAAAUACCUGUGGGGAAGAAGUGGCGUUCAUCCCGUUUAUGUACCGAGGCCCAGGUGCAAACAUCAUAUCAAGAACUCCCAGUUGUGAAGAGCAAGACUUUGCCCCCACAAGGUACUGGGGUGGUAAAGAAGGUCACUGAGCGUACAGCAUCAAAGAAAGUACCAAAAACCUCGACACGAGCAGCACCAAUAUCUGUGCACUUACAUGUAAAGAUGACUCCACAGCGCCGAAAUGGGAAUAAAAAGAACUAGU